UUUACAUUUAACGGUAUGCCAUAACUUAUCGAAACUGGUUCAAGGUUGAAUAAUGUAGAUACAGUGUUUAAUUUUAGAUUAAAUGAAUGUGAAGCUUUAUACUUGAUAAUAUUGUUUAUGGCGACAUAACCGCAGUUUGUAUAUAUCUAAAUACCGGUACCUGUACACAGGAUACAAAGUCUGAACAAAAAUGGCAGAAUCAAGCAGUGUGACACGUCUAGAGACUGAUUCUAAUCCAGAUAUCACGGACUCAGUUGAACAUUCGGAACUUCGAAAUACAAAUAAUAAAGACUCUGACGAAGUUUUCGAAAUGUGUUGUGAAACAUGUAAUCGCGAUGGAAUACAUGUAAUAGCAUAUGCUUUCUGUAUCUCAUGCGUGGCCUACUUUUGCUCUACUUGCUUGAAAUAUCACGGAAAGUUUUUGCCGGGUCAUAAAUACUUAGAGGAAGACAAAAUGCCUCAAGAUAUUUGUAUUGAAAAAUGUCAAACUCAUAAGAAUGAAAUGAUAAAGUUUUAUUGUGGUACAUGUGAAACAUUUGCAUGUUCUGUUUGUGAAACGGAAGGUCACACUGAUACGUGUAGCAUGAAGUAUUUACCUGAUUUUGUGAAAGAUCUUGAAAACGGAGAAGAUUUAAAAGAUUUAAUAACGAAAAAGAAUGAUGUUGCAAAAGAACUGUCUGACACUAAAGCAGCUAUUGAUAUGAAAUAUAAAACCAUUGACAGUACUACUGUGGAGGCUACAAGUGCAAUAAAGAAAGAGAAGGACGCAUUGUUUGCGCAGUUCGACCAAGAAGUAUUUCAAAUUGAAGAUAAAAUUCAGGUAGAGAAGAAAAAAGAUAGUACGCGAGUUGACAGCGAAAAAGCAAAAUUUGAUACCUUGAAUACUGCGAUUGAUCACCUUAAUGAAAAUAUCAAAAACCUGAAAUUAUUUCCUAAAAGUCAAAAGUAUAAAUUAUUCAUGGAAUUGAAGCAACUUAGUAAUACACUUAAAGGAAUGAAAGAUUCGGUUGAAUGCUUAAAGAAAGAAUAUUCUGCGGGGGAUGUUGCACUCGAGUCAGGAAUACGAGUUCAAGCAAAAGAUUUAACAGAAAAAGUGAUAAAGUUUGGAACAUUAAUGAAGACUUAUAAUGAAAACUCUGAUGGAGGAAAUGAUGAUAAAAAGCCUGUGAAAGUUGCAUGUCCUUUGGAUGAUAUCAAUUUAAAAUCCACGGAUGAUCUGAAGGAUUGUUAUUUAAUUGACUGUUGUUUACUGAGCGAACAAUAUCUUAUCGCUUGUGACAAAAGAAACCUUUCGCUUAAGUUAGUCGAUACGAAGAGUAAAACUCUGGUUUACGUAAGACCUGUCAGAACAGACCUAAUGUCUGUCACAAAGAUUAAUGACACUCAGAUUGCCAUAGAUCGGCUGUACGAAAAAGACGAAAGUAGGUGCAUAAUCCAGUUUUUAACUGUGACGAAGUCUAAAACACUUGUAUUCCAGAAGCGCUAUAUACUGACAGAAAUGCUCUGUUACGGUAUCGCAUAUAUCAAUGAUGACAGACUGGUAAUUUCAAUGAAGAACAAUUAUAAAGGCAAACUUCAAAUACUAAGUUUAAGCGGAAAUGUCUUGGCAAAUAUUGAAUACAAUGAUAAAGGCGAUAGAUUAUUUUCAUAUCCCAGAUGGAUAGCCUUAGAUGCAAAAGGAAAGCAUUUGUAUGUCAGUGAUUGUUCUGAUGACAGUAUUACUGAUAUUGAUAUUGAAAACCAAGAAAACAGGAAAUUUGCUCAUCGCUUUUGGCAUCCGACAGGAAUUACCACUGACAGAGAGGGGUUUAUAUAUGUUUGCGAAGGAGGCACUGGGCGUGUGCAUGUUUACCAUCCCGAUGAUUCUGGCACGUAUGUUUUGUUAGACAAACAAUCUGCAAAUUGGAAUCCACUGUCGAUAUGCUUCUCUUUUACGAAUAACAGGUUGUACCUGAGUCUGGAUGGUCAAAAUUGCAUUCAAGUAUACAAAAUUACAAACAGUAACUUUGCGAAAUAAAAACAGAGAAGGAAAUAGGACAAUGACCGCAUUAACUACUGAUACAUAUCUGUAGAUAUCAAUUAAACUGUUCAGUUCUUGUUUUAAUUCUUGCAGCGUUUGUUCUUGUUACAAUGUAAAAUAUGUCAACGGUCUAAUAUGGUAUCCUUAUAAGUACUACAUUGGGAGAUGGUCCGUGUACUGGGUUUUGUGAAGUGAAGGAUCAGGUAAACAGAUGCUCUUGAUAAUGUAUAGAUAACGGGCUUGACAUAACGUUCUAGAAAUAGUCCCAAUGAGUCAUAUUUUGCGUAUGCAUAAAACGAAAUCAAUAGAAUUAUACACAAAGCCGUUGAACGAUUGUAAAAAAAACUCUGGAGUGAACAGAAUAUCACUACAUAAGUAAAAUUGUCGCAGUGUCCUUUAAAACGAUGUGUCUUUUAUGGUCUUUAAAAUAACGUUGACAUAUCCGUACUGUUUCUUUCAUUAUGAUCGUUCCUUAUAUAGCUUAGAUGUUUGUGUUGUAUUCCAUCUCAUUUAAGAUAAUUUUAAUUUAGUAACGUUACUCGUUGCGAACCGCGACACACUUCAGCUGCCCAUUAAUAGCAUACCACUCUUCUUGACAAGUUUGAUGCUUCCAAUGAAAGUAAAAAGAUACAAGGUCACAUAGAUUAGUAGCUCUUUGUAAAUAACUUCAGCAUCAGUCUUUUCAGGGCAAUCAUUGACAUUUAUAUUACGUAUUUCUUUAUUCUUUGUUUAUUUUUCAUUCUGUACAGCUGCAAUAAUUUUUAACAUAGCUUCCUAAUAUUUCAGCAUAAAUGGUAAACCAAAGUUUAAUCAAAGAACAAUAACUUUACAACGAGAAACAGGUUACUUCUUUGAAAGUGACACGAUACGCAAGUAUUUUUCUUUCGUUUGUAACGAUAUGCUGAUAUGCUGAAAUUCGUUAUAUUAUUACAAAAAUAAAUAAAGAAAUAACAUUGUAUUGCUUUGCAAUUUGUAGACAUAGCUCAUUUUUAACGUUUACUUUUUCUUGUUGUGAGCUUUAUCGCUCCUAGAACAUGAUCAUGCUGGGCACGCAUGUGGUCGUUCAUGACGUUGUCAUAUAUACUUCUUCUCUGAUGUGGAUUUGAAAAAUAAAUCUUAACGCGCUUUUUAGAAACCAGUGCUCACAUCGUAUAAUGAAAAUGUAACAGAUACAGCCGGAUGACGCGGCUCAUCCGAGAUUAACCCUUCCGCCGAAUGUUAAUGUGAAUUAUAUUCAUGUGUCGUUUCGAUGAUAUAAAAAUCUUUUGUUCAUUAGCAACGAAGUUUACAUAUAUUGUAAAACCAUUCAAUUUGUUUUAAUCUGACAGAGCAUUUUUCCUAGAACUAUUUUAUCGUCCCUCGUUAUAUUUUUGUGAAUAUUUAUUGUUUUCAUGGCUGUUAAACAGAGACUAAACAUGUUGUUUAUGCAUUUAAUUGUCAUAUUUCUUGUAUCUUUACGUGACCUCAAGUUGAUACUAUAAUAUUGGUUUAGAAUGUUUGUUCCGCAUUAACUCAUUUGUUACGUUGAUUUAUCGUUUAAUGUUCUAAAAUAAAAACGAAAUGUGAUCAUAUACAGUUAUGAGUUAUGAGUUAUGAUCUAUAGGACAUUAAGAGUUGUUUCCUUAGUAAUUGUUGGCAGUACCCUUGGCCAUGAUCCACGACAUCGAGCCAAAGACAAAGCGCUGGACACACCACACCCAUUUGAAAAACUAUUCAUGCUGUCUUUAAAACAUGUUUGAUACCUUCCAUGCGAGAUUCAUUGUCGGAGUGGUUUUGCUCAAUGAGUUUUUUCGUACAUCUUCUUUACCCACCUCCUCCCCCCCCCCCCCCCCCUUUCCCCCUCUCCAACCCCCACCAAAAAAAAUUAGAUAAAAUGAGCCAACUGAAAUCUUAAGUGUUUUUCUACUUUUCUUUUUAAACUAAAAUGAGUUGAAUAUCAGAAUCAAGACUUGUCAUUGUUCUACAUUAUCAUUACCUGUGCGAUUUAAGAGUCAGAAUUGUACUUACUCGUUUAAUAUUUGACAUAUGGAAAUCUGACAGUGUCAUUUAAGAACGGUAGUAGAACAAAGUACGACUUUAUUAUAUGUACAAGGAUUUAAGAAAGAAACAUUUGAAACACUACUAUUAUACAUGGCCUACAUUACAGAAAUUUACCAAUUUGUGUAUUCUAAAACAGUUAUUAAAGGUUUAUCGAAAUAUUUAUAUUUUGCAAACUUAUGUACAGAAUGAAACAUGCUGUCAAUUCCGUCGUAUGAAUUCAGUCCAACCUAUAUUUCACCAUUACUGUGUAGUUUAUUCGUAAAUUCAUGUCUUUUGUCUUUAUACAAUCAUGUUUUUGCUUUAAGUAUAUAAUUGUAGGUUAAAUGUAAUCAACUAUUUGAGUUUGAGUUAUUAUAUCAACUAUCCCUUCAUUAACGCGUUUAUCAAUUUAUUUCAUUAAAACCCAUACAGCGUCAAACGCGAUCCGAUUAUUUCAGUGUGAGAGAGUCAUUGAAAAUAUCGGGACAGGCUGUAGCUCCACGUUUAGCACCACGUGACUAUUUGAUAUUAUGCCAACGUCACCUACCACGGCGUUUUGCAAUGCAGCUGGAUUUUCUCCAUAUUGGCAUUGUACAAACUUUCAGGAAAAAGUAUCUUGUAAUUUUCAAGUUAGAAGUCGAAGGAUUCCAAUUUGUGUCCAGGACUGACGGACGGACAGACAGACGGAAGAGGGGACAAAAAAUAAGACAUGAAAAUAUACUAAACAAAACUGCUAACCCUUCAUUUGCUAUUUUGCUAAUAUUUUAAAAAUGACUUUCUUUCUUAAAUACAUCAGUCAAUCAGUCAAUCAAUCGAAAAUUUUAUAUCUGUAAGAUUUUAUCAUUUUCUAGUACUCCUCUGUAUUUUUAUUAAUUAUAUUGACACGUUUUGUAAAGUUCAACUUUUAUGUGAAUUUUUUGUGACUUUAAUAAAACGGCGUGUGGUAGUAAAAUGAAUACAAUUAUCGGGAUCGAUCACUCUACGGUAACAUGCGAUAUACCGAAUGAGAUAUAUACUAUCGAUUUAAAAAUUGUGUCCUUCCGGCACGUGAACAGAGCGUCUGACUUCAGAUUUUUUGGAAGAAUACGCUUUUUACAUGUGCCUAAUAAGCGUCCACAUAACUUGUCCGAGCUGCAACAUCUUGCACAUCAGUACAAACAUUUUUACUUUUAAAUGAUAUGGAAUCGAUCCCUGUAUGCAUUAUUUCUAAAAGAUACAUUUAGUAAUAUCUGAUAUUGGCAAAAGAGCACAUUACGGGUUAGGUGUUUUAUUCAGUAUUUUUAGAAUCAAUGUAAUAAUUUGUAUGCAAAUAAUUAUAAUGACAAUACUUUAGAGUGAAUUGAAAUGUAACAGUUUGAAUUUUGUAUUGUGUGUAUCACAAACUUGCAUGGAGAUACAUGAUCAUUACACAGGUACAGUUGCCAUUUCUGGCAGUUUGAAUCUAUCGUCAGUGCAUAGCACAUUUAAUAAGUUUGAAUGAUUUUUUUCUGAGAUAGAAUGCAAUGCAAAAUAAAAGGCAAACGUUGAAACAUA